UGUUAGAAGCAGCCAACCAGCGACGACCAUCAUACGGUGAGCGUCUCACCCCUGAAGCACACACUCUCUGCCCCCUGCUCUUCGUUCGGUGAGGCCGAUCUUCUCCAGCCCUCCCUGAACACAUCCCCCCACACCAGGAGAAGGAGCAGGGAACCCCCAUGGCGGCCCUGACCAUAGACCCCGUGGAGCAGCCGCGGAUGUACCAGCAGACCCUGCUCCAGGACGGCCUGUGCGACCUCCUGGAGAACCAGAAGUUUGUGGACUGUGUGCUGAAGAUCCAGGACAAGGAGUUCCCCUGCCACCGGCUGGUGCUGGCGGCCAGCAGCCCCUUCUUCAAGGCCAUGUUCCUGUCGGAGCUGGAGGAGGGCAAGAAGCGCACGGUGGAGCUGAAGGACGUGGAGCCCGGCGUGAUGGGCAUGAUCCUGCGCUACCUGUACACCUCCGACAUCAGCCUGACGGAGCAGAACGUCCAGGACAUCUUCAUGGUGGCCAACAUGUACCAGAUCCCCUCCAUCUUCUCCGUGUGCGUGUCCUACCUGCAGGAGAAGCUGGUGCUGGGGAACUGCCUGGCCAUCUUCCGGCUGGGUCUGCUGUUGGACUGCGCCCGGCUGGCCCUGGCCGCGCGCGACUUCAUCUGCGAGCGGUACCAGGUCAUCGUGAGGGACCAGGACUUCCUGCAGCUGGGGCCCGCCGAGCUGGCCGCCAUCAUCACCUCGGAUGCCCUCAACGUGGACCGCGAGGAGGUGGUGUUCGAGUCUCUGAUGGAGUGGGUCGGCCACGACAAGGCCGGGCGCUUCAAGGACCUGGCGGAGCUGCUGCAAUGUGUCCGCUUCCGCCUCAUACCCAAGGACUACUUCCAGGAGAAGGUGGAGCGCCACCCCUACAUCCGCAUGAACCCAGAGACCAAGAAGGACCUGGAAAUGGUCAAAGACGCCCAGCGGGGGCGGCUCCCCAAGCCCAGGAAGCCCAGCAGGCCGGGGGCCAACGGUGGAGCGGGGAAGGAGGAAGACGAGGAGGAUGAGGAGGAAGGCUUGCUCCCGGGCAUCCUCAACAACAACCCUCGCUUUGGGAUGUUUGAGACGGAGCUGGUGCUGAUGAUCAGCGCCAGGGGCACGGUGGCGUACGACCCGGUGGCCAACGAGUGCUUCGUGGCGUCCGAGUCCACCGAGAUCCCAAAGAACCACUGCAGUCUGGUGACGGAGCAGAACCAGGUGUUUGUAGCCGGGGGGCUGAUCUUCAACGAGGACGACAAAGACGAGCCCCUCAGCUCCUUCUUCCUACAGUUUGACCCUGUGAGCUCCCAGUGGCUGGGGAUGCCCUCCCUGCCCAACCCGCGGUGUCUGUUUGGGCUGGCGGAGGCGGAGAACUCCAUCUUUGUGGUCGGGGGUAAAGAGCUGAAGGAGGGCGAGCACGUUCUGGACUCAGUCAUGAUCUACGACAGACAGUCCUUCAAAUGGGGAGAGUCGGACCCGCUGCCCUACGGUGUGUACGGGCACGGCACUGUGUCGCACAAUGGUAUUGUGUAUGUAAUAGGAGGGAAGUCAGAGAGCAAGAAGUGCCUGAGAAGGGUGUGCUCCUACGACCCCAGGAAGUUUGAGUGGAAGGACCUGGCCCCGAUGAAGAAGGCCCGCUCCCUCUUCGGCAUCACCGUCCACAACGACCAAAUCUACGUGGUUACCGGGGUAACGGACACGGGCCUCACCGGCACAGUGGAGGUCUAUGACAUCGCCACCAACAAGUGGGCAGACUUCACAGAGUUCCCCCAGGAGCGUAGCUCCCUCAGCCUCAUCUCCAUGGGGGGCUUCCUGUACGCCGUGGGGGGCUUCGCCAUGAUGCCGAGUGAGACCAGCGAGGAGCCUGCCCCGACCGAGAUGAACGACAUCUGGAGAUACGAAGAAUCUGACCUUUGCUGGAACGGGAUUUUGCGGGAAAUCAGCUACGCAGAGGGAGCAACUAUUCUUCCUGCUCGCCUCAACACUCUUCGUCUCAACAAAUUAUAAGUAAAAUGUGCCAACUCUCUUCAAUGUACGCGUUACCAUGGGGUAACCGAUGUCACCAGCCUGUGUUUACUUUGUUUAUGAACAUCAUCGAUAGUGUAAUUAAUUAAGACUCCAUUAAUGCGUGUAUUGUACAGCAGGGGGCGACAAAUACGAUAUAACCAAAUAUAGAAGCAGAAGAAUGCUGUUCAUUAGAUAAGUCAUGAUCAGAGAAAACUUUAACACAAUUGUUGUACAAAAGCGCUUGACUCGACUGUUUCUACAUCCAUUUUUCUUACAUUGUUCCAUUGUGCUUUCUUUAUAACCUUUUUGUGCUAUUUAUGUGGUGGAAAUAAAAUGAUGACAUAAACAUCAGCUUUAAAGUGCAAAACACUCAAUGCAGGCAAGCCCACAAUGCAAAUAGGUUUAUUGAUGUGACUUUCUCUUCAAUGAUAUUUACAUUACUAUGUCCAUAUACUGUACAUGAGGAUUAAGUGUUCAACACAAAUAGCAACAAUAGUACACACAUGUCGAAACAGCUACAAGGAUACAACGCAAAUAGAGUCAGGUACGAACACAAACUACGUUGUAAACAUUGAUUUCCAGUCAUCCAAGUCAUCCCCAUAAAACGUAAUAAAUCUCUUCAUUCAGACUA